AUGCCGCGGCUGAAAAAUCGGGGUUUUCACAGGCCGGCGUACUGGUGGUCAUCAGACAUAGCAGAACUUUGCAAAAGAUGCCAUGAGCUUCAUCGCCGUGCAACGAGAAAUGCAGAACGCUCCCCAAACCAGGACUUAUAUUCAAACGAGUACAAGCAGGCCAAAAAGACGUUAAACCGAGCCAUCAAAGCAAGUAAAGCGAUGUUGUGGAAAGAGAUCUGUAACGAUCUUGACAAGGACAUAUGGGCGGGAAGUUAA